AUUAAGUCAACAAGAGUCGAUACGAAAAAUUUCGGUGCGGUUUGAAAUACGCGGUAGUUUGUUUAAUUGUUACAGAUUUAUAGGGGUUAGAUUUCUGAAAAAUACGCUAAUGAAAACAAGAGUAUCGAUGGUCGACGAACAUCGUGUAAUGUCAAAUUGAUAUCAUGGGAGGCACUACGCGAGUCGUAAGCCCACAACGUGUCAACAUUUAUCCGCGAUAUGCGUCGUUCUUAAUGCACAUUUAAUCGAGAGAACGUAUUGUAUUCGUUGCAUAGUGUAUUCUGUGUACAUCGAACAAGCAGACUCGUUGACAUUCGUUCCGUUGUCAAAAGAUACGAUCUCCUUGCUUAUGCUGCACGUCGUCGUGCAGGUGAUGCGGCCUACUGUCAAUGGUACGGCUCGAUCGUCGCAUACGCAUUCACAUCGGUAUCCGGUAAAUGUGACCGUACCCACACUCAUGUGAAUACUGCUAUCAUAAGAACCACGGCUACGGUGUUGUGCGGCUCAGACAGGCUCAGAUUGUGCUUUGCUGUGGGCCAGACACCGUCACGAAGUCGAACCGGUGACAUUCAGACUGCCUUUCGCCUCUCGCGUAUUCUACUACGUACCAACUGUAUUUACGUGGCGGGUAUUCAACAUUAAGACAAUAUGUGCGGAAUUUUCGCAUAUCUGAACUAUCUGACACCGAAGACUAGAAAGGAGAUCUUGGAGCUGUUGGUCGGCGGCCUGAAGAGGCUCGAGUAUCGAGGAUAUGAUUCAGCAGGAGUCGCCCUUGAUAUCGCCGAUGGCAAGGAUAUCGCGAUUAUCAAGAAGCAGGGAAAAGUCAAGGCGCUCGAGGAGGAAAUCUUUAGCCGUUUUAACAUCGAUUUCGAGUCGAAGACGAACAGCCACGUGGGAAUCGCGCACACGCGUUGGGCGACCCAUGGUGUUCCAUCGGAGGUGAACUCGCAUCCUCAGAGGUCCGAUAGCGAGCACUCGUUCGUCGUCGUUCACAAUGGUAUCGUGACCAAUUACAAGGAGCUGAAGACGCUGCUCCAACAGAGGGGCUACGUCUUUGAAAGCGACACCGACACGGAAGUCAUUGCGAAACUCAUUCACCAUCUCUGGGUACAGCAUCCGGCUUACUCGUUCCGCGAACUCGUCGAGCAAGUUGUACAGCAAUUGGAAGGUGCGUCCGCCCUCUGUUUCAAGAGCAAGCACUUCCCAGGCGAGUGCGUGGCCACGAGGAGAGGCUCGCCUUUGUUGGUCGGCAUCAAAACAAAAACGAGACUGGCCACCGAUCACGUGCCAAUCCUUUACGGUAAAGAUGAACAUCCACUCGUAGACAAAGAAGGCGAAGCGCCGACAAAAGAUCAUCGUCCUCAUGGCCGGAAUCCGGAACUUCCGGUGAUUCCUCGCAGCGAGAGCACCUCCGAGUUUCAACCACUGGAAGACAAAGAGGUGGAGUACUUCUUCGCGUCCGACGCCAGCUCCGUGAUCGAGCACACGAACCGUGUGAUAUUCCUGGAGGACGACGAUGUAGCGGCGGUGAAAGAGGGUGCGCUCAGCAUCCACCGUCUACGGCGUUGCAUGGACGAUCCCCAUGCGAGAGAGAUCACCACGCUGAAGUUCGAGAUCCAGCAGAUCAUGAAGGGCAACUACGAGUACUUCAUGCAGAAAGAAAUCUUCGAGCAAUCGGAAUCGGUGGUGAACACGAUGAGAGGUCGCCUGAACUUCAGGGACAACUCGGUCACGCUGGGAGGUAUCAAGGACUACAUUCCCGAGAUCAAAAGGUGUAGACGUCUGAUGCUCAUCGGCUGUGGAACUAGCUACCAUUCCGCAGUUGCUACCAGACAGCUACUGGAGGAGCUGACAGAGUUACCAGUCAUGGUGGAGUUGGCUUCCGAUUUCCUAGACAGAAACACUCCUGUGUUCAGGGACGAUGUUUGCUUUUUCAUCUCUCAGUCAGGUGAAACAGCAGACACCCUGAUGGCUUUGCGGUACUGCAAAGGACGCGGGGCGUUGAUCGUCGGGAUUACCAACACCGUAGGCAGCAGCAUCUGUCGCGAAUCCCAUUGCGGUGUUCACAUAAACGCUGGCCCAGAGAUUGGUGUAGCCAGCACGAAGGCAUAUACCUCUCAGUUCAUCUCGCUCGUGAUGUUUGCUUUGGUAAUGAGCGAGGACAGGAUCUCGCUCGGCGCUAGACGUCAGGAGAUCAUCGAAGGACUGAAGAACCUGGACAAGCAGAUUAACGAAGUUUUGGAGCUGGACGACAAAGUGAAAGAGCUGGCUCAAUCUCUAUUCCAACACAAGUCUCUGUUAAUUAUGGGAAGAGGAUACAACUUUGCCACUUGCAUGGAAGGUGCUCUGAAAGUGAAAGAGUUGACGUACAUGCACAGCGAAGGAAUCAUGGCGGGUGAGCUGAAACACGGGCCCCUUGCACUGGUCGACGACUCCAUGCCGGUCAUCAUGAUCGUUAUGAGGGACCCGGUUUACGUGAAAUGUAUGAACGCGCUGCAGCAGGUGACGGCUCGGGACGGUAAGCCGAUUGUUAUUUGCGAGAAGGGUGAUAAAGAAACGAAAACGUUCGCGGACAGAGUCCUAGAGAUACCCAAGACAGUCGACUGUCUGCAGGGAAUUCUCACGGUGAUUCCAAUGCAAUUAUUGUCUUUCCACAUCGCGGUGCUGCGCGGUUGCAACGUCGACUGUCCUAGGAAUUUGGCGAAAUCGGUAACCGUUGAAUAAAUCCCUAUCAUCUCGGACAAUCUAUCCGGAAAAUUCCACGUUGUUAUCGAAUACUAGGAUCAAAGAUCCAUCAUACAGACAGACUGUCUCUUUGUCUUGUCCCAAGAGACAAAGAACAAUAUAACAUCGAGUACGGUGUUUCCGCGAUAGUCUAAAAUACUGUGUAACUCGUGAUCAAAGAUUGAUCCGCUUUCUAAGUACUUAACGAUCAUAGAUUGUCGUUCGUAUUAGGAUUACGAUCUAACAGGUGCGGAUAUUCCUUAUGCUCGCGCGCGUAUGAUGCGACUUUUAGAAUCGACGCGUGUUUGGACCAGCCUUUACAUCUAAAUAGUUAGCGACGAUGGUGGACGAGAUGCAUUUUUCGUUCAAGAAAGUUUCAAGGGAAACUGUUACAGUGCAUUUACGGCUGUUGGUAUUCAUAUCAGGUCCAUGGAAACGUUGCAUUUUCAGUUCAGUUGUGAUCAUUAUUCCACUUCUUUAACGAAGCUCCCACGAAGACUGGUACGUUUGUUCUUGUAUAUUGUAAUCUGGAAGAUUUUGCAUCGUGUAUCCUACUAGAGAGACUUGUGUGCAUGCAGGUAUGCUAAAGGUUGCGAGUGGGUAUCAUAAAUUUUCAUUCAAAUCGGAAAAUUGAAUCGAACGGAGAUUAUAACGAUCAACAGUAUCGAUUAUCUAUCGAUACGUAUGGCCGCCAUUAUUCUGUGUUCGCGGGGAAGAAUGGCGGUCGCGGAGUGCAUUAGGGUAGUCGUAUUUUGUACAGUAUUUAAGAGAAACCGGUGAAAUUUGAUACGUCCCCUUUCGUGUGCCUCGUAAGGUACGUAUUGUUACAGACAGAAAUGUAAUCGUGUUUUAGUUUAAGCUCAUUAUAUAAACAGAAACUUUACCUACAGAAA